GUACUGAGGGCAACAAUUCCUGACUCCAAGCAUUGAUAGCUCCUAAGAUCAGACGGAAAGCACGGGCUGGGUGAGCGUUCAGGGAGAGGCAUCCCACAUCCAAUCCUGUGGCCUGCAAGUGGCAUGCUGCCUAAGAGGGGCAGGGGUCUGUGAAGGCCACCCCAACACCUGAUGCCAUGGCCAGUGGGGAAGAUGAGCCAAGGGACUGUGUGGUAUGUGGGGACCGAGCCACGGGCUAUCACUUCCAUGCCCUGACUUGUGAGGGCUGCAAGGGUUUCUUCAGACGAACAGUCAACAAAAGCAUCUGUCUUACUUGCCCCUUUGCGGGAAGCUGUACGGUCAGCAAGACUCAGAGGCGCCACUGCCCAGCCUGCAGGAUACAGAAGUGCCUGAAUGCUGGCAUGAGGAAGGACAUGAUCCUGUCGGCAGAAGCUCUGGCACUGCGGCGAGCAAAGCAGGCCCAGCGGCGGGCAGAGCAAGCAUCUAAGCAGCUGAGUCAGGAGCAGAAAGAGCUGAUACAGACAUUCCUGAGAGCCCACACUCGCCAUGUGGGCACCAUGUUUGACCAGUUUGUGCAGUUUGGGCCUCCAGCUCAUUUGUUCAUCCAUCACCAGCCCAUGCCCACCCUUGCCCCUGUACUCCCUCUGCUCACGCAUUUUGCAGACAUCAACACCUUCAUGGUACAGCAAGUCAUCAAGUUCACCAAGGACUUGCCCCUCUUCCGGUCCCUGCCCAUGGAGGACCAGAUCUCCCUUCUCAAGGGAGCAGCUGUGGAAAUCUGUCACAUCGCCCUCAAUACCACUUUCUGUCUCCAAACACAAAACUUCCGCUGUGGGCCUCUUCGCUAUACAAUGGAAGACGGAGCCCAUGUAUCUCCCACAGCAGGGUUCCAGGUAGAGUUUUUGGAGCUGCUCUUUCACUUCCAUGGGACACUACGGCGACUGCAGCUCCAGGAGCCUGAGUAUGUGCUCAUGGCUGCCAUGGCCCUUUUUUCUCCUGACCGGCCUGGGAUUACCCAGAGAGAGGAGAUUGAUCAGCUGCAAGAGGAAAUGGCACUGACUCUGCACAACUACAUCAGAGGCCAGCAGCCAAGGCCCCGGGAUCGGUUUCUAUAUGCCAAGCUGCUGAGCCUGUUGGCUGAGCUCCGGAGCAUUAACAACGCAUACUGGUACCAAAUCCAGCACAUCCAGGGGCUGUCCGCCAUGAUGCCUCUGCUCCAAGAGAUCUGCAGCUGAGGCCCUGGCUCGCCUCCUUUUCCAGCCCACCUGGGACACACUGGCCUGUAAAGGGGAAAAUGCUGGGACCAGAGGCUUGGACCAGUAAAAAGGGAGCCCAGUGGUUGCAAUGAAAGACUAAAGCAA